AUGCGUGGACUUGUUAUUUUCAGCGCGGCCGUUGCCGUCGCCAACGCUGCUGCUGUCGAGAAGAAGCACUACCCCGUUCCUGGACAAGAGGAGCAUGUCCCUUCCGUGCCCGACAACAACUACACUCCUCCCAGCAACGAGUAUACUCCUCCCGAUAACGAGUAUACUCCCCCCGACAACGAGUACACUCCUCCUGACAACGUGUAUCCUCCUCCCAGCAACGAGUACCCUCCUCCUGGACCUACCAAGGAGGUUCCUCCUCCUCAAGAGACCAAGCCUGGUGUUUACCCUCCUCCUGGACCCACCGAGGAGGUCCCUCCUCCUCAAGAGACCAAGCCUACUGUUGUCUAUCCUCCUCCUGUUCCUACCAGCGAGGUUCCUCCUCCCCAGGAGACUAAGCCAACUGUUGUCUACCCUCCUCCCGGAGAGUCCACCAAGGAGGUUCCUCCUCCUCAAGAGACUAAGCCCACUGGCGUUUACCCUCCUCCCGGAGAGUCCACCAAGGAGGUUCCUCCUCCUCAGGAGACUAAGCCCACUGGCGUUUACCCUCCUCCCGGAGAGUCCACCAAGGAGGUUCCUCCUCCUCAGGAGACUAAGCCCACUGGCGUUUACCCUCCUCCCGGAGAGUCCACCAAGGAGGUUCCUCCUCCUCAGGAGACUAAGCCCACUGGCGUUUACCCUCCUCCCGGAGAGUCCACCAAGGAGGUUCCUCCUCCUCAGGAGACUAAGCCCACUGGCGUUUACCCUCCUCCCGGAGAGUCCACCAAGGAGGUUCCUCCUCCUCAGGAGACUAAGCCCACUGGCGUUUACCCUCCUCCCGGAGAGUCCACCAAGGAGGUUCCUCCUCCUCAGGAGACUAAGCCCACUGGCGUUUACCCUCCUCCCGGAGAGUCCACCAAGGAGGUUCCUCCUCCUCAGGAGACUAAGCCCACUGGCGUUUACCCUCCUCCCGGAGAGUCCACCAAGGAGGUUCCUCCCCCUCAAGAGACUACUAGCGACUAUGUCCCUCCUGUAGAGUCUACCACCAAGGCCUACCCUCCUCCUGGAGAGACCACUGAUGUCUACCCUCCUCCCGAGCACACCAAGCCCACUGGCGAGUACCCUCCUCCCGGAGAGACUACCAGUGACUACACUCCUCCUGAGGAAACCACCAGCGAGUACCCUCCCCCCGAGGAGACCACCACUGGCGGCCAUGAGGCUCCUUACCCUCCUCCUUCUCACACCAAGCCUUCGUACACCAAGCCCUCUUACACGAAGCCUUCAUACACUAAGCCAAUCUACACCAAGCCUUCUUACACCAAGCCUGGUUACCCUGGUACCACUGAGAUGACCACCUCAACCAUCUACACCACCACUUGCUACACCGUUACCAAGUGCCCUCCUGAGGUUACUGACUGCCCCGAGAAGCCUCAUGUCACCACCGAGACUGUUGUCGUUGGCACCACUGUCUGCCCCGUCACUGAGGAGCACCCCACCGACAUCGAGACCAUGCCCGUCUACACCGAUGUUCCCAAGCCCAGCAAGCCUGUGUACACUCCUCCUGUUGAGCACCAGACCACCACUCACCUGACCACCUCUACUAUCUACACCACCAAGGUCACCACUGUUACCAAGUGCCCUCCUGAUGUUGUCGACUGCCCUGAGAAGCCUCACACCAGAACUGAGACUGUCGUUGUCGGUACCACAAUCUGCCCCGUGACUGAGACUCAUGUCGUCCCUGUCCCUCCCAAGGAGACUCACCCCGUUGUUCAGCCCCCCAAGGAGACUCACCCUGUCGUCCAGCCCCCCAAGGAGACUCACCCUGUCGUCCAGCCCCCCAAGGAGACUCACCCCGUCGUUCAGCCUCCUCACCCUGGCAACGGUACCUACAACCCCCCCAAGCCUCAGCCCCCCAAGGAGACAUACCCUGUCCCCGUUCCCGUUCCCAGCAAGCCUGUCAAGCCUGAGCACCCCGAACAGCCUCAGCCUCCUAAGCCUGAGCACCCUGAGCAGCCUCCUCAGCCCGAGCAGCCUCAACCUCCCAAGGAGACCAAGCCUGUUGCUCAGCCUCCUGCCGAGACUCACCCUACCUACCCCGUUCCUCCUCAGCCCGAGCAACCCGAGAAGCCCGAGCAGCCUGAGAAGCCUGAGCAGCCCCAGCCUCCUAAGGAGACUCAGCCCGUUGCCCAGCCUCCUGCUCCUCCCGCUCCUUCCAAGCCUGUCGAGAGCGCUCCUGUUGUUCCUCCUUCUCCCAGCAAGCCUGUUGAGACUUACCCAGUCCCUCCUGCUUCCACUCCCACUGAGCCCGCUGAGGUUGUCAACUCUGCUGGACGUGUCGGUGGUAGCAUCCAGGCUGCUCUCUUCGCUGCCGGUAUCGUCGCUUUCUUCCUGUAA